GUCUCAUUUCGUCAGCGUUUUACCUUUACCGCCCGAAGCCCGCUCUGUCGAUCUCUCUGUGAAAAAGCGGCCUUGUUCGGCAAAACUCUUCGCCUCCACUCUUCUUGAAAACCAUGUAAGAGUUAACGGGGUACGUCGGUAUAUUUCCAAGAUUGCCUGAGGUUUCUCUCCACGUCUCCAUAUGAUGCCAAAGCAAACGGCUCCUCCUGCCAAAGAUGAUACUCAAUCAAUGGACCUAUUGUUGUGCUCCUUCUUCUGUGCUUAAGAGAAGCAGCAGCUAUAUCCGCCUGUAACUGCUACUACUUUGGUUGGAAGUGUUUUGUAUUAACGGCCACUCGUCGGCAGUUGGCUAUCUGUCUGUGCAGCAUGUCUUCGAACACUAAUUUCAGGGGAGGAGGAGGCAGAAGGGUUGUCGGAGGAAGAGGAGGAAGAAGGGGAGGAGGUGGAGGUGGGGGUGGAGGUAGAGGAGAGCAGCGAUGGUGGGAUCCUAUUUGGAGAGCAGAGCGCUUGCGCCAGAAGGCUGCUGAGGUUGAAAAGGUUGAUGAAAAUGAGUGGUGGACGAAGAUGGAAGAUAUGGAACGGAGUGGUCAGCAGGAGCUGAUUGUUAAGCGUAACUAUGGGCGUGAGGGUCAAAAUAUUCUUGAGGAUAUGGCUCAUCAACUAGGCCUUUACUUCCAUGCUUACAACAAAGGGCGAACUCUUGUUGUGAGCAAGAUCCCAUUACCAAAUUAUCGGGCAGAUCUUGAUGAAUGGCAUGGAUCCACACAACAAGAGAUUCAUAUGUCAACUGAGAUACAGCGAAGGGUGGGAAGCAUUUUAGCCAACUCAAAGGAAGAUGUUCCUGCUGCUGAAUCCAUUGGUGCAUCGAGCCAGGCGAGGCCACAAUUGCUUCCUAUUGGAGAAAUGAGGAACUCUAAAUCUCCUUUGGCAUUGGAUGCUCUGAAGGAGAGAAUUAAUAUCGAACUUAGAGACGAGCAACAUAAGGGGAGGGACACUCCAUCUUCCAAAGAAAUGCUAGGUCUUAGGGAAACACUACCUGCCUAUAAGUUGAAGCAUGAAUUUUUGAAAGCCGUAAAAAACAAUCAGGUGCUGGUAGUUUCUGGGGAGACUGGUUGUGGUAAGACUACGCAGUUACCACAGUUCAUUAUAGAAGAAGAGAUAGAAUCACUUCGUGGGACUGAAUGCAACAUAAUAUGCACACAGCCACGCCGUAUAUCAGCCAUAUCUGUAGCUUCUCGUAUUUCUUCAGAAAGAGGUGAGAAUCUUGGAGAAACUGUUGGAUACCAGAUCCGUUUAGAAGCAAAACGUUCGGAAAAGACACGGUUGCUCUUUUGUACAACUGGUGUACUCCUUAGGCGAUUGGUUCACGAACCAGAAUUGAUUGGUGUCAGUCACAUAUUGGUUGAUGAAAUACAUGAAAGAGGCAUAAAUGAGGACUUCCUCAUUAUUAUAUUGCGUGAUCUUCUUCCACAUCGUCCAGAUUUGCGGCUUAUUUUAAUGAGUGCCACGAUCAAUGCAGAGAUGUUCUCAAAAUAUUUUGGAAAUGCUCCUAUUAUUCACAUACCUGGAUUCACAUUUCCAGUAGCCGAAGUUUUUCUUGAAGACCUGCUGGAGAAAUCAUGUUACAACAUCAAAUCUGAUUCUAUUAACUUCAGUGGAAAUUCUAGGAGAAGGAGACAGAUGGAUCAAAAGAAAGAUACCCUGACUGAGUUGUUUGAGGAGGUUGACAUUGAUUCUCACUUCAAAGCAUAUAGGUCUUCAACACGACGUUCUCUUGAUGCCUGGUCGCCUAGUCAACUUGAUUUAAGCCUUGUAGAAGCUACAAUCGAGUAUGUUUGUCAGUAUGAACGAGAUGGUGCAAUUCUUGUUUUUCUCACUGGUUGGGAUGAGAUUUCUAAGCUACUAGAUAAAAUCAAGAGCAACAGCUUUUUGGGGAAUUCUAAUAAAUUUUUAUUACUUCCAUUACAUGGCUCUAUGCCUACAAUAAAUCAACGUGAAAUAUUCGAGAGGCCACCAAGUAACAUGAGGAAAAUUGUGAUUGCAACAAAUAUUGCAGAAAGCAGUAUCACUAUCAAUGAUGUUGUGUUUGUGAUUGAUUGUGGAAAGGCUAAAGAAACCAGCUACGAUGCUCUGAACAAGCUAGCUUGCCUUUUACCGUCAUGGAUUUCUAAGGCUUCAGCACUUCAGAGACGAGGCCGUGCUGGGCGUGUGCAGCCUGGAGUUUGUUAUCGUCUUUACCCGAGGAUCAUUUAUGAUGCGAUGCCCCAAUAUCAGUUGCCUGAAAUUCUUCGAACACUAUUACAGGAGUUAUGCCUUAACAUAAAAAGUUUACAGCUUGGGAACAUUGCGUCUUUCUUGGCCAAGGCCCUGCAGCCCCCUGAUCCUCUUUCUGUUCAAAAUGCUAUUGAUCUUUUGAAGAUAAUAGGAGCUUUGGAUGAUACGGAGGAGCUAACCCCUCUAGGUCAUCAUCUUUGCUCCUUGCCUGUGGAUCCUAAUAUUGGAAAAAUGCUUCUUUUGGCAUCCAUCUUUCAAUGUCUGGAUCCUGCAUUAACAAUUGCAGCGGCUCUUGCACACCGUGACCCAUUUGUCCUUCCACUCAACAGGAAAGAAGAAGCUGAUGAGGCAAAAAGAUCAUUUGCUGGAGAUUCAUACAGUGACCACAUUGCGCUCCUUAGGGCAUUUGAGGCAUGGCAGCAUGCCAAGCGUAAUGGCAGGGAAAGGCAGUUCUGUUGGGAGAAUUUCUUAUCCCCCAUAACCUUGCAGAUGAUGGAGGAUAUGAGAAACCAAUUUUGUCGUCUACUCUCAGAUAUUGGCUUCCUUAACAAAGGAAGAGGACUCAAGGAAUACAAUGUCUACAGUGAGGACGUGGAGAUGGUGUGCGCCAUACUAUGUGCAGGCCUUUACCCCAAUGUCCUGCAGUGUAAGAGAAGAGGAAAGAGGACGGCAUUCUACAGUAAAGAGGUGGGCCAGGUAGAUAUGCACCCAUCUUCUGUCAAUGCUGUGGUUCACCAAUUCCCUCUCCCUUACAUGGUCUACAGUGAGAAGGUCAAAACAUCCAGCAUAUAUAUCAGGGACUCGACCAACAUAUCCGACUAUGCUUUGCUCCUUUUUGGGAAUCUUUUGGCAAGCCAAACUGGAGAAGGCAUAGAGAUGCUUGGAGGUUACCUUCAUUUCUCAGCUUCCAAGAGUGUGUUGCAACUGAUACAGAAAUUGAGAUGGGAACUUGACAAGCUUCUUCAGAGGAAGAUUGAAGAUCCUGAGCUGGACAUUCCAUCUGAGGGCAAAGGGGUUGUGGCUGCUGCUAUUGAAUUACUGAACAACCCAAAUGUGAAGCAACACACAAAUCGCAGGGGUAGAAGUUGAACAAACUGAUCAAUCCAUCUUUUUCAAUUCAAGCAUUACCACUGAAUCCAAACAUCUAUAGUCAUGCCUUCGGCUGCCGGAAUAGUCUUUUCAUGCCAUCUUAAUUGAUCUUUUGUCUUAGAAUUUUUAUUUCUUUUCAGGAACCAAAGAUAAUUGUCCCCCAGUAUUUUUCUAUCGCCAUAAAUUUAAACUUGUGAUAUCAUGUGGGUAUAUUCUCAGAACUGAAUAUUAAUAUAUAAGAGUUAUUUCUUCUUA